AUGAGGGAAUUUGGGGCAUCGAUGCCCCACAUAGCUAAAGACAUCAACAACAAGCGACAGCACCAUGAGAUGCCACAAACACCCUCGAGACCAAUGAGAUUCCCAUUCGAUCGCCUUCACAGUGUCCUCCUGAUCGUCCCUCUGGCCAUUCUUCUGGCCAUUGGAGGCGUCAAGGGGGACAGUGAUAAUGGUGGGGAUCUCUUAAAUGGAUAUAGCCUGGGACCAGAAAUUACCACAACGGAAUUUGAUUACACUAACCGAGGAAACCGAAAGUUUGGCGACAAGUGCGAUGUGACUAAUGAUUGUGGCUUUCCUGGUUCCACCUGUGAUCCUAAGAAGAAAUCAUGCCAAUGCGUGCCCGAGCUUCCUGCCACCAAUCACAUAGAUAAAUGUGGAAAAGAGGCUGCCAUCAACGAAAGUUGCUUCUUCAAUGAACAGUGCGAAGCCCUCAACUUUCAGACGGAGUGUCGCGAUGGACGCUGCAUUUGUCGGUUUGAGAUGACUCCCGUGGUGAACAAGGACGGAAGCAUUGAGUGCAAAGGCAAGAAUGAACCAGUUGAACCGGUGACAUAUGUGGAUCCUGCUAUGAUUGGAGUACUGGUCGGAAUGGCUCUUAUGUUCGUCAUUAUAUGCGUGGUUCUCAGGCUCUUCAGUCGGUAA